UAUCCCAUAACUCCCUAGAAACAAUUUCAGAUAUGGCGCCCUGAAAAUGCUGAUCGAUUUCCCGCUCAAAAGCGAAUAUUGUGUUACCAGAUUGACCACGAUUUGGCAGCAGAAUGGAAGAAGUUCUGAAAAGAGUAUUCAAGAGAGUAAAAAGCCGAAAUUGCUGUAGGUUUUCUCGCUAGAAAGCGAAUAUUAUGAUACAAGAUUGAUUGACCAUGACUCGAAAGCAAACGAGGGGAACCCAAGGAAAAAGUGAUAAAUCCGAUAAACAGGGUAAAAAGCCGCAGUCACAAACACGUAAGAAGCAGUCUAAACCAGCAAAAGUCGAUACUGCGCGGUUCAUGUGCCAGCAAUGUGGUAAAUGCUUUACACGGGCUUACACACUCAAAGAGCAUGGUCGACUACAUACGGGAGAAAGGAGAGAAAAGCGCCACAAUUGUCAAGAUUGUGGAAAAUGCUUUUUACAGCUUUCAGGACUACAGCUGCACGUUCUCUCGCAUACCGGAGAGCGUCCACAUCAGUGCCCUCAAUGUGGCAAAUGCUUUAGAGUUUCUAGUUACCUUAAAAAACAUGUUUUGACCCACUCUGGAGAAAGGCCAUUCAAGUGUGAGCAAUGUGGCAAAGGCUUCACACGAGCAUAUACCCUUAAACUGCAUGCUCGUUUGCAUAAAGGAGAAAAGCGAUAUCAGUGCCAACAAUGUGGUAAAUGCUUCUCAAAAGCUGGAUACCUCACAGUCCACUACCGAUAUCAUACUGGAGAACGACCAUAUAAGUGCAAUCAAUGCGGCAAACUCUUUACACAAUCUGGAGACCUAAGGAAACAUGCUCAAAUACACUCUGGAGAAGGGCCGUUCAAAUGUGAGCAAUGUGGUAAAUGUUUUCAACAAUCUUUUGGGCUCAAAGUAGAUGCUAGGAUUCACAGUGGAGAGCGACCAUAUAAGUGUUCUCACUGUGAAAAAGAUUUUGUGUAUUUGCAAAGUCUAAAACAUCAUGCUUGCACACAUUCAGUUAUUCCUGCAAAGUCUUUUCAAUGUGAAGAAUGUGGUAAAUGCUUUACAAGAGCUUACAACCUAAAAAUUCAUGGUCGUACCCAUAAUGAUGAAGAAGAUGAAAGGCCAUACGAGUGUCUUCAAUGUGGAAAAUGCUUUAGACGGAAAGAACACCUAAAAGAGCAUUCUAAGACUCAUACUGGCGAGAAACCAUUUCAAUGCAAGCAAUGUGGUAAAUGCUUCAGUCAAUCAUCAUAUCUUAAAAUACAUACUCGGACACAUAGUGGAGAGCGGCCAUUUGAGUGUACUCACUGUAAAAAAGGCUUUAUGGCAUCUGGGAGCCUUAAAGUUCAUGCUCGGAUACACAGUGGAGAGCGACCGUAUCAGUGUUGUCACUGUGUCAAGUGCUUUAGUACUCUGUACAAACUUAAAUCGCACAAAAGCAUACACACUGGAGAGAAGCCAUAUGAAUGUGAGCAAUGUGGUAAACGUUUUAACCAAUCUGCAGGCCUAAGAUAUCAUCAAUGGAAACACACUGGAGAGCAGCCCUAACACUGCAACAAGUGCUUUAAAUGAGUUAUUACUGUCUAGAGGCAUGAGGCAUGCUCAGGCACAUAUUUUUGAGUAGUUAAAAAAAACAGGCCCGUAGCCAGGGGGGGGGGGGGUUGGGGGGUUCGGAAGAACCACCGCACACGACUUGAAGGUCCACCCUGAUGAAGGAAAAUUGAGUACCACUGCAAGCUAGGACGAGCUACCU